AUGACGGCUGAUGAUAUAACCCGACUCACUUCGAAGGUGAAGGACCCAAGUACGGCCUGGGAGAGACUUCGUGCAACUCAGUUCGUGAAGUUCGCAAAGGAGGUUGACGAGAAGGUCAACCGGAAGUAUUGGACUGAGAAGAUUGUAUGGAGAUCUGUAAUGGAAGGUGCCUGGGUGCAAAGGGCAGUUGUACCUUAUGACGCUGAAGUGUUGCGAAUGGGGAAUGCUUUCACGUUGGAUCCAUACCAGCGAGAGGGACUUCAAAGCCAAUUGAGAAAUAUCAUUAAUAAGAGGUUUCAUCCGAUCACACUUGUAGAGGCAUACUGA